CAAGAACACUCAUUUCAACUCAUUCGAUAAUGCGCCAUCAGUGUCUCUAGUUUGGAAAAAAAAGCAAAAAAAUAAUACUGCACAGUGCUAGCAUCUAUAUAUCAAAGUAAACUGGUGCAUCUUUGAUAGCGAAAAUACUAUUUUAAAAGUAUUUUCGGUUUUAAUAGAUAAAUUAAUAGUUUGUGUGUGUGUGUGUGUGAAAUUUACAGUGCGUAAACAUUAAUAAUCCCUUAUUUGAGAUAUUCUGUGAAUUAAUACAUUUAAAGUAAAUGAUAAAAAAAAGUUUAAAUUCAUAAAAAAAAAUCCCUGACCUUCGAAUUUAAUAAUUUCAUAGAGUAUUUCAAAAACUUUAAGCAAUAAUGACCGACAAAAAAGCAUAUCCCGUGGCUCCUCAUCCACCAACUGGAUUUGUUCCCGCACCAGCACAAGCUGCUACUUAUGGAGUUGCAGGAACUUCACCGUACGGUGUCUUUCCAAAUCAACCACAGCUCUAUGCGACACAAGGGCCGCCGCCCCCGACGUAUGAUCAAACGUUGACGCAUCCAAUGAUGUAUCAACCAAUGUAUGGACAAGGAUAUCCGGGAGGAUAUUUGGCAGGUUAUCCAACAGCUUAUGGACCUCUCCAGUAUUAUCCACCAUUGGCAGCUGCAGCUGCUUAUUAUCCAGCUGCUGCAAUGCAACCAGCACCAGUUAGGCCAACUAUGUUAGUUCCUAAUGGCUUUGAUGGCGGGCGAUUUGAUGGUAUUUCACAACAAGUUUUACCACCACCACCACCAGGAGUUGCUGCAAAUGCAGCUCAAUUGGCAGCUAUGGCGGGGCAUAGUGUCGCUCUAUCACAAAAGAAAGGUUCAUUUUUAGGCGGUGGAACGGAAGGUGGUUAUACUUUUUGGUAAACUAUAAGGUUGCUUUUAAAUGGUCAACGGAUAGGCCAUAAAAAUAAAGUAAUGAAUGAAUAAUAAAUUAAUAACAUAACAGAUAUGUGACGAUAAAUUACUCCAUGCUAAAUCUAACUGGCGAUAUUAUUUUCAAACAUAUAGUCAGGCAAAUAUUUUACAAUGUUUACAAUUUUUUUUUUAUUUUAUUUAUUUAAAAACAAUAAAAUUAAUUGAUAAAUAACAGACUUAUAAUUCUUGCUAGAAAAAUCUUUAUGACUUUUAUUUUCUAAGAAAAUUUGAGUAUUUAUUAGUCUUAUAAAUAAAUACAAUGAACCGUGACAUAAAAUAAUAAUAAAUUUAUUUGCCUACAAGAAUCAAUUAUUUAAUUUUAAAGUUCACAAAAAUGCAUGUAAUUAUUCAGUGGCUAUAAGAAAGUCAUUUAAGACAAACAUACUUUGAUUUAUAAAAAAAGCAAGGAAAAAAAAUAAUUAUAAUAAGCAAUUAUAAAAAAAAAAAAAAAAAAAAAAUGUGGAAUGUUUGUUAUUAUUUUUUUUUUUUGACGAUUUUCCCACAUAAAUUGCGAUAAUGGUACGUGAGAAAAAGGUAGAGACGAAAAAUGGUGAAACAAUUAAUUGAAUCUCGCAUAAAAAAAAAAAAAAAUGCACGAAAAUAAAAAAAAAAACAAAAGUUUCGAAGCAAAGAAAUGAACGGGAAGAAUAAAAGUUUGAAAAAUUAAAUGAAUUCUAUAAAAAAAUAAAAUUAUGUAAUAAUUAAAUUGAAUUUAUUUUAAACGAUAGAUACUUGAAACAAAUUAUUAUUUUUUUAAAAUUAAAUACUAAAAAUAAUGCAACGAUAUAAAUGUAUUUUGGUGCCAAAUAAAAUUUAAAUCGUUGAAAAUUCCCGGUCGUUUCUCGUUAUGUGUACUUUUGUGCAAUUAGAAUCAUGAAAAUAAAUAAACAGUUUAAAGCUGAAAUUUAGUCAUUCCUUAAUUGAAUUAUUUUUUCGACUAUUAUUAAGUAGAGAGACUUAAAAAAUGCGAAUGAAAAUUGCUAAAAAUAUUUUUAAAUAUCUUCUCAAAAUGAAAAAAAAGGUUUAAUCACAGCAAAAAAAAAAAAAAAAAUGGUAAAACCACUAUAGUUUCUUCAUUAAUAUCAAUUUCCAGAAAAAUUAAAAUAUUUUUAGCAAUUUCCUAGUGAUUCUAUCGAUAUUAGAUAAUAUUUAACUAUAAUAGUACUUAUGAUUGUAAAAAAAGAAAUUUUAAUGUUAAAUCUUCUUUUUUUAUAAUCGUUAAGUAUUUAUAUUAUUUAAGUAAUCUAUUGAUGCAAGCUAGUUAAACAAAUUUUGAUAUAGAAAAAAAAUUUUAACGAUUCUUAUCAUUAAUGUAUUUUGACGGCAAUUCAAAUAAUUAAAAAUUUUUUAUGACAUUAAAAGUUUUUCAUUUUACUCAAACGUGAUAAAAAAUUUAAUUUAUACGAUUCAUAUCGCUAUGCUAUCCCUAGAGGAUUCGAAUUACGGUAAAUUACCGUAUGUUACUACAAAUUUGUCGCAUUUUACGGUAAUUUGCGGUAAAAAGCUGGUAAUUCGUGGUAGAAUAAUGCAAUUUAUCGCACAGUGAAAUCGUUUACGGUAAGAUGCCGUAAAUCUGCACGUUUACGAUGAAUUAUCGCAAUGUCACCGCAAAUUUGCGGUGAAUUAACCAUACCUUCAUCGUAAAAUACCGUAACUUACCGUAAUUUGCCACAAUUCUCCCGAAUAUCGUAAAUUACGGUAAUUCGGAUCUGCCAAGGAUAUUUUAACACUCCAUAGAUAAAUAAAAGAAAACUAAACAUAACACUAUAAUAUUUUUGAGUUACAAACAGUAAUUCAAAUAUAAUCAUUCAUUUAAAAAUUAAAAUAACGUGAUAUUGUGGUAACUAGUCAAAAUAUUCUAAUUCAUUAUAGCCGUGCAACAAUUCAUGAUAAAAAUAAAUGCUUAACAAACAUUACUGACAUAAAUAGUAAGUAUUUUAUAUCAUAUAUCAUACUAUCAUAUAUAACGUAGCUUAUAAAAUAUUUGAGAAAAAAAUUCAUUUAGUGAAGGCUUGGUUUGUAUUUUUUAAUUGGGAAUAUUUUGACUGAUAACCAAUAUAAUAUCGUCGUUUUCAGUAGCAAAUCGUCCAACUCCACAUUUUUGAGAAAAUUAAUUUUUUGCAUUCCUGUUAAUAAUCGUCAUAGUACAUAUUAUCUCUUAUACUUGAUACAUGUCAAAUUUUAAGCUAUAAAAGUUGGACAAAAAUCCUGUAUUUUUAACAAAAAAAUCUGAAAAAACCAGAACUUAACCGAAAAGAAAGAUAAGACAAAAACAAUUUUUUAUGCGCAUUAUAAAAGCGAACAUUGAAAUAAAAAUAUUUACAUACUGCGCAUAUUAAAUUUUUUUUUUUUAAGGAGGGUCUAUAGUAAUUUUUGUCCAAGCUUUUCUUUCAAACAAUACCUCUAAACGCAAAACUAAGAACAAGGCUCGAUGUGUUACUCUAUAAUCUAGCAAUCUACGUUUUAAUUUUUCAAAAAUGUUCAUUUUUUAAGAUAAAAACGUAGGGUUUUAUUUUACUGCGCAAGUGCAGCAAGGAUACUACCGCUCGCCGAUAUGAGCGUGAUAGAGAAAAAAAUUUAGACUCCUUAAGGGGUAACGGUAACCGAUUUUCAAUUCAAUUUAAUUUACGGACAAACACUAGAAACCUAAAAUAGAGAGUCUUCAGCGUUUUUUAAACCCUUAACAGAGCGCUAGAAAUUUCGUAUUUUCAAAAAUUCUAAUUCGUCUCUGAGAAAAAUUGUUUUAAAAUUCUCAUUUACUCAACGAGUGCAACAAAGAUAGUCCCGUUUAUUUUUCUGAGUGUGAGAAAGAGGUCCGGUAGCGUAUCCCCUUAAGUUGAAACAUUACAUUUUUAAUGUUUUAGCUCUCCUAUAAAAUUUACAAAAAUGAAGUCAGGCGAUUUGCUAAUAAAAACGAUGACAUGUAAUUUUAAUUUUUGAACCCUAGUCCGAAAGUUGAACUAAGACUAUUUUACUUUUUAUUAAUUUAUUUAUAAAAAAAGUAAUCCCUUUUCAGUUGAUAAAAAACAUUGGUUUAAAACAAAUAUAGUAUAUAGAGGGACAAAGGAUGAAACAAUAUGAAUGCAGGUCAGGGUGAAAUUGUCGACCUUAGCUGGACAAUGGCUGAAAUCAUCCAUGUCUGCAUGUUUCAUCCUGUGUCACUCAUAUUUUUCAUAACAUCUACUCGAAACUUAAGUUUCAAUAUUUGAGGUCAGUUAUAACUAAUUAGCUUUGGGUAAUUGGUCAGCUACCUAUUUCAAAACACUGUAAGUGACAAAAAUAAAAUUUUUGAAAUAUGUAUUGAAUCUUGUCCGCAAGACUCCACUGGAACUAGAAAUACUGAAAAAUCGAUUUUGAAAAAUUUGCCCUUUAUUGUGUUUUGAAAUUGGGUAGCCGUGGUGUGGGAAACUAUUAGCGUAUGUUUAAGUCACGAAUUACCAUCAAGAUAAAUUUUAUUUACUUAUUAACAAAAGAUGUUAAUUAUUUUAACAUUGAAAUAUUAUCGAAAAGUCUAAAAUUUGUAACAAACGACAUCCCAAAAAAUUGAAAUGAAUAUGAAUCAGCUUUUGCGGGCUGAAACCGAAAUUUAUUGAAUUAGCAACUUAAAUAUACGUCACAGAUUAUCAUGGCAUCAGUCUGAAAUUCACUCGUUUCCGCUGGCUAAACAAGUAUCGGAAGUUGAAGUUGCUGAGUAGAUGUUUUUAAAAUUAUAUUUUUUAAUCACGUGUAUUUACUAGAAAAAAAAAAAAAAAAAAAAAAAAAUGUAAUGUAAUGUAUAUUUAUUGUAGACUUUGUUUUAUAUUUUUGAACUAUACUGGAUAAAAAAAAAGAAUUUCUAAAAAUUUCAAUUCAAAUUAAAGAAAAAAAACUAUCUUCAUCGCGGUUGUAAUUUUAUAUUUCUAUGGUAUUUUAUCUGUUCAUGUAAUUUUAGAAAAAAAAAAUUAAUGAAACUUUUUAUAAUUAAAGAUCAGUAAUGUUAAGAUAAGCAAAACAUCAAGUUUUACAAUAUUUAUUUGCAAAAAAUGAAAAGAAAAAACUAAGAUCCUAGGUGUCACGUUUGAGAUUUUUUAAAUUUUAUUUGUUAAUGAAUUUAUAUUUUUUCAGUAUUGAUUUUUUACAUUGUAAAAAAUAUGAAGAUCAAAAUUGUUUAAGAAAACAUAAAAAUUUUAAACUUUAAUUUUGAUUUUAUAGUAGUUUUUUAUUGUUUUGAUAAAAGAAUGACGGAAUAAGAAAAGUUGAGUGAUAACAUUGGGCAGGUUUUAUAUUAUGAAUUUGAAAAACAAAAUAAAGCGGAAGCGUGUGCAAUAAGUGUGAAUUUUGAAAUACUGUAUCAAAAAUGAUGUUACUGUGCGAGAGUAUGAAAAGUAAAAUGUAAACUGAUUCAAUAUAUGAAUCUGCCAAUGACCAGUUAAUAAAUACCGUGACCAUGCAA